AUGCAUCGCCUUCGGCGCGCACUGCGGCUCACAGAGCGCGCAGCAGUGUGUGCGCUGUAUCUCCUGCUGCCGUUCCUGCUGUACUACUCAACGCCGCCAUCCGCAUCGCAGCGGCUGCCGCCAGCACGCGCUUCCAUCACCGCCGCCCUCCUUGCUCCGUUUCUCUGUGUGCGUGCAGUCGAGUACGACCUCUCGUUGGCAUUCCAGGCGAACGACCACGUCGAUAGCGUGUGCGUGCCGGGCGCAACGGCAGCACGGACAUCCGUGCAAGCGCCACCCACCUCUACUCGUGGCAGCGCAAUGAAAGAGGCGGCGGUGGGCCCGACAGUCUCGACGGCCCGCGCGGCGGCCAUCGAUCUGUCGGCCUGUCCGCACUACUCGUUGUGGUCGCUCCUGGCUGGGGUGAACAACUUCGGGGAAACAACAAGAGUGGAUGGGGGUAACGUGGAUGCCGCGGCGGCGAGUCGUGCUGGUGCUCGGGGCGGUGUAGACAGCUCCACGAGGCCCGUCGACCGGCACGGCAGAGCGGCGGCGGCGGAGGCGGAGGCGCGCCGGCGUAUCCCAACGGCCACCCCAGCGGCGGCGCCGUCCGCAGCGAGCACCGCGCACGUAGUGCCAGGCGACCUCACCAGCACGCUUUCGGGCUCGCGCAACGCGCUCACCUACUACUAUCAAGUGCUGAACACAGACAACUUCUUCUUCAUGUUGCAGGGGUGCACCAUCCAAAUCACCAUCGAUGGAGACGUGCCGCCGUCCUACGCCUACAACACCUUCCAACGAUACGCGGAUGGCUAUGCGUUAAACGUCUCCGCCACGGGCAAGGAUGGCAGCAUCAGUGGUGGCUCUGGGGUGCGAGGUACCCUUGCCUCCUCAGCUGGCACCAGAACCAGCGGCGCUGAGGGUGACGGCGAUGAGGCGUACCCCAACAUCACGCCGCGGACGGCAUUCUUUUUUUGGAAUCAGCCGCGGCUGCACUGCACGUACAACGCUCCGGCGCUGAUGUCGAUGAUGAUUGAUCUUGCUAACCAGCACCACCACCGGCGGCAGCCGGAGGAGGAGGAGGAGGAGCCACGCCGUGCGUUCUUGAAGGACGACGCAGUCUUGGCAGAAGCCGGCGUACAGCCAGCAGACGGCGAGGCAGCUGCGGGUAGGCCAGCAGCCUCCUCGACUGGGCCCCUUUAUCCGUCCUGCGCCGCAAGCAUGCCCCCGCCGCAGAACAUCCUACCGUCUGGCGGCCGGAACACAACGCUCACGGUGAACUACAUGCAACUCGGCAGCUCCGUCGUCGUGAAGAUCUUCAGCUUCGAUGUGUGGUAUCAGCUCACAGGCACACCGGUUCUAGCGACUCACUCGGCGGCGCGUACCACGACCACCGCAGCGCCCGCGUCGGCCGCGUACUCGGCAGUCUUCUCCAGCGACCCGAUCACCAGAAGCAGCAGUUGCAGCACUGGUGCGUCCACCAAGAACCUGGCCGCUGGGCAGUCGUUAAAGUUACCGGGGGACCCCGAGAAGGUGUGCACGGCGCCGGCGCUCUACACCAUCUCCCUGAACCCGCUGCUUGCGCGGGCCUCUUCCUGGAGCCUCGGCAGUUCCACAGACUGGCUACAGCCCUCCGUGAUGGUCACCCACGACUACCCGGCCGCCCGCGUUAUCGCGGUUGUCGCGCAGUGCUCUGGUGUGCCACUUUCCUUCGCAGUGAAGGUGAACUUCCUGAAUCCUGGCAAAUACCCCGGCAGCGGUCAGCAUUACGCCACCUUCAUCACGUACUUGUUCUUCUUGGCGUGCUAUGCCCUCCUGCUCAUCGUGUUCCUGGUAAUGAUUGUACCGUGCAGCAAGCGGCGGCGGCGGGGGCAGGGGCGGCAACGUCGUGGUGGCGGUGCUGAGGGGGGCGAAAGCACCAGCAGCAGCCCAGGUCAGGCAAGAGCAGCAGACAAGACGAAGCGGGCGAGCGCGGGAUCUGACCAGCGCAGUGCUGACAAAAACAGAGGCGGUAGCGUGCGCGGGCGGCGGAGCGGCAGUGCCGCGGCUGGCGGGGACGGUCGCGACGGCCACCGCCAAGACGACGACGGUGGCGAAGAAAUGCACGGGACGAGCGCCCCAAACAGUACAACGGCGAAAUAUGCGGCCCCCGAGAGUAUGUCCGCGGCGGUGAAGGGCAUGACCAAAGUGCCACCAAGCCCAUCCUCGUCGUCGCCGACCUCCGUAGCAGCGGUGGCAGCCCGCACACGCGCGUCGGCGCAGCGCGGCGCAGCUGAAAGUGACCAGGACAACGCCGAAGACGAGCCUCUUCAUAGGGAGGAGGGCGAAAGCAGCAGACAGCAACGCCGCGGCGGUGCCGGGCCGCAGCAGCAGCAGGGCCAGCGGGUCGUGGAGAGACGCGAUGGCGUCAGCGAGGGCGACGACUCCCAGCAAGAGACCUCUUCCUUAUACACAGCGCACUCGAACGCGCACCACACGUCGUCUUCGGGUAUCUACGACGAGACGGACAUCAACUGCGGCAGCAGCGAUGCCGCAAGCGAGGCGCAGGCGAGGCGAGGCGCGAGCGGGCGUCGCCGUGCGCAGAGCCGUCGACGCCGCGGCCCCUCCACGCUCUCCCUCUCCACCAGCGGCGACGACUCGGAUUGCAGCAGCAGCACCACCACCACCACCACUACCACUGACAGCACGAGCGACGACGACGACAGCCGCGCCGCCCGCCGACGGCGACGGCAGAAGGAGCAGCGACGCGCGAAAAGGGGGAUUCAGAAGCAGAAGAAGCAACGAUCCCGUCCACGCCGUCAGGCCUCGGCCACCUCGACCUCUCGCUGCUACGCCGCCAACAACCUAAACGACGACCGGAGAGGCUCGAGCACGGGCACCUUCGCUGCGCCGCUUCGGUGGCGUUUCAGGGCGGUGGGAAUGGCCAACGCCGUUGGCCACCACGUCCUUGACCCGGUGCGACUGUGGUGGGCUGAGAGCCACAUCCUCGUUAUGCAUGCACCGAUCCAGUGGCUUGUCCUCGUCCUUCUCGUGCUCAGGUGCUUGCUGAGCGUCCUCUUAGCGUCGAAGUUCUUUCUGCUCUCUGGGGCGGUGCGCCGCGACUCCUUGAUGGGCAACAGCCUGCCACUCGUCUGCGUUAUUUUCGAAGUCGCGACGGACACGCUGCUGAUCCCGAUAGAGAUGCUGGUGGCGAUGGGGUGGGGCCUGGCUUUCACGGCGCCACUGCCCACGAACCAAAUUGUUACCGUCGGCUUUGCCACGCUCAUGAUGUUCAUCGUCCUUGUUUUCAGCGCCGCGUGCGCGAAGGAUGGUCUGAGCAUGUCGCUGACCGCGAAUCGGCACGCGAGGCUCAUCAACAGCAAUCUAUGCAACACAGUCGCAUACACCCGCGCCGCUUUCGAGAUGGUCUGCCGCGUCCACAACGUGCUUCGCAUGUUCUUCCUGUCGCUGUGGCUGUCGAAGACGGUGGUGCCGGCCGAUGCAGCGGCUGUGCAGAGGCAGCGCAGACAGAGUCACAGGCAGCUGCAAGGCGCACAAAGUGAGUGCCGUGAAGGACAAGGAAUGGCCGGGCCCCGCGAUGGCAGCAGUGAUGGGGCGUGGUGCAAGUCAGAUCAUCACCGCCGCACCUCGUCUGCGUCCUCGUCCUCGUCAUCUGGUCAGUGCGACGGUUCGUCUCUUGUCACCGCCGACACCACAACGCCGUCGUCGGCCCCGAUCGCCCUCCGGCUGCCGCCGCGCCUCGGCUACCCUGGCGUGUCCCUGUCGGCGAUGGACGUGUAUCUUCGCUACCGUGGCAUGCGGGUGCCCUUCGCGAUGCUGCUGGUAUGGGCGGUUCUGCUGCUGGUCUUCGCCUUCACCGUCUACCAGCCGGAAGACUACUACAUGGUGAUAGCCUUUCGGGAGCUGCAGAGUGUGUAUCUCCUCGGCUUCAUCAUCCUCUUUUUGCGGACGUCAUCCCCUCUCUACUGCUAA